UCGGUUUUGAUAAAAAGCAUAUUCUCUCGCUCUCAUCGCGUCGUUUUCCACAGCCCCUUCUGGUUUUUUCACUCACUUCCCAAUUGGUCUCUUUGUUUAUUUUUCCUCCUCGAUUUUUUUGUUUUUAUAUAUAUAAUUAUAAAUCCGUUACAGAUUUUCUCACCCUUUCCUUUGCUCUCUUCGUCUUCUUCUUCUCCUUUCUUCUCAUUGUGUUCUUGGCGGAGAGAGAGAGAGAUAGAAACUUUCCGUUAGAGUCUAAUUCGGGAGUGGGCAUGGAUCUCUGGUCCGUACAGGUGAAGUACACCGGUAGAAGCCCCCUAUUCCUCAGAAACUCGUUUCCCGAGAAACCCAUUUCUUUGAAUCCGGGAAAGAAAUGGAAUUCUCUUCUGGGUAUUGGCGAAGGGAGGGUCUUCGAGAUCAGGGUCUUGAAGCGUAGGGUUACCUCUUCUGGGCUUCCUUCUUUUGUUGUCAGAGCUAUGGGGAAGAAGAAUCAUGGCAAUUCCUCUUUUUCUGGAAAUGGUGAUCAGUCUACUCCAGAAGGGGAUGGUGGGAGAGGCAGCAAUUCUUCUGAUUCCCAGAACUCCCUUCGUAUAAGCACAGAUUGGAGAGAGGUCAGAGCAAACCUAUUCGCUCGAGAGCAGGCUGAAAAGGCAGAAUCUGACACCCAGAACAAAGGUGAGACAUCCCAUGAAUCAAAGCCUCUUGGCUUGAAGUGGGCUCAUCCUAUUUCUGUACCUGAGACAGGCUGUGUCCUUGUUGCCACAGAAAAGCUCGAUGGGGUUCGCACCUUUGAGAGAACUGUUGUCCUUCUUCUUAGAUCCGGAACCAGGCAUCCACAAGAAGGGCCUUUCGGCGUUGUCAUCAACCGGCCACUGCACAAGAAGAUAAAACACAUGAAACCCACUAAUAUAGAUCUCGCAACCACAUUUUCUGAUUGUUUUUUGCAUUUUGGUGGGCCUCUGGAGGCAAGCAUGUUUCUGCUUAAAACAGGGGGAAGAUCAAAGCUUCCUGGGUUUGAAGAGGUGAUCCCUGGCCUCUGCUUCGGUGCGAGGAACAGUCUUGAUGAAGCUGCAGAACUAGUAAAGAAGGGUGCUCUUAAGCCUCAGGAUUUCAGAUUCUUUGUUGGUUACGCUGGUUGGCAGCUGGAUCAGUUGAGAGAGGAAAUUGAAUCCGAUUACUGGUAUGUGGCUGCUUGCAGCUCAAAUUUGAUAAAUGGCGGUUUCUCAGAUUCUUCAUCAGAAAAUUUGUGGGAGGAAAUUUUGCAGCUAAUGGGUGGCCACUAUUCCGAAUUAAGCCGAAAGCCUAAGCAGGAUAUGUAAUUAAUAAUGUAUCAGCCAUUGCAUGCUCAUAAUAAAACUAAUUAAUUAGUUGAAGCCAGACUGGUAAUUAUGGUAUAUGUGGAGUCAAAUGUACAGAAAGUUUAGUGGUAAGCAGAUCAGUAGAUCUUGUUUCUUUUCUUCCAUUUAUUUCCCUGUUCACUUUGUUUUUCUAUUUCCUUUUUCCUCCUUUUUAAACAAAGAACUUGGCUAUUAUAUACUUCUUGUAUGUAAUAUUCUCAAAGUUAUCUCAUUGAG